AUGGACCUGCAGCUGAACAGUAGUGGUAUCCAAACCUUAGCUCCGGAGCUCUGUCAGUCGGAACUUGUGCAAGAAGACCGGACCGAGAACUGCUCUACUAACAACCUGUCACUGCACUGCUGGCUGCAGCUGCUCACCAAGGAGUCCACCAUGGAGUUCCAGGGAGACAGCUCAAGCCUGGUAGUACGUGUUAUGAUAGCAUGUGUGUACUCCAUAGUGUGUGCUCUGGGGCUGGUGGGGAACUCUCUCGCUCUUUACUUGCUGCAUUCACGAUACCGGCAGAAGCAAUCAUCCAUUAACUGUUUUGUGAUGGGACUGGCCAUAACAGACCUCCAGUUUGUCCUGACUUUACCCUUUUGGGCAGUGGACACAGCCCUGGACUUUCGCUGGCCUUUUGGUCGUGUCAUGUGUAAAAUAAUCAGCACAGUCACCACAAUGAACAUGUACGCUAGUGUAUUUUUUCUCACAGCAAUGAGCAUGGCACGCUAUUAUUCCAUAUCAUCAGCACUGAAGAUGCACAGCCGGCGGGCAGCAGCAACCAGAGCCAAGUGGACCAGUCUGGGCAUCUGGGCUAUUUCCUUAUUGGCCACUCUGCCACAUGCCAUCUACUCUACCAGUGUGCAGGUGUCAGAUGAGGAGCUGUGCCUGGUGCGCUUCCCAGAGUCAGGCAAUUGGGAUCCACAGCUGCUUUUGGGUCUAUACCAGCUGCAGAAAGUUCUGGUGGGGUUUCUCAUCCCACUGAUCAUAAUCACCGUCUGCUACCUGCUCCUGCUGCGCUUCAUCCUCAGCCGGCGCAUCACAGGGACAGCAGGACCUGAAGUGGAACAAGGCAGGCAAAACCGCCGCUCCAAAGUCACUAAAUCCAUCAUCAUUGUGGUGCUGUCAUUUUUUCUAUGCUGGUUGCCCAAUCAGGCAUUGACUUUGUGGGGAGUGCUCAUAAAGUUUGACCUUGUGCCCUUUAGCAAGGCUUUUUACAAUGCCCAAGCCUAUGCUUUUCCUCUGACAGUGUGUCUAGCUCAUACUAACAGCUGCCUCAACCCGGUGUUAUAUUGCCUGAUCCGCCGUGAGUUUCGUGCAGGACUUAAGGAACUUCUUCUUCACGCCACUCCAUCCAUUAGAAGACUGACUCAUCUGUUGCCACGCAAGGCCAAGGUGGCUGAGGCACCGCCUGUUCUUGUGCUAGUCCAAAUGGAUGUCUGA